AUGGAAAUAAACAAAAGAAUAUUUAACAUUGCUAAAUCAAAUGAAAUCUAUUUAGAUGAUGAUCAUCAAUCUGCUAUUGAUCUUCAUCCAUUAUAUGCAUCAGAUGAACCUGAAUUAACUCAAUUAUAUGAACGAUUUGCAUCAAAAUGGAUUUCAGAAUCUGUUAAAAGAACUGUAGUAUAUAGAGGAAAAUUUUUCAUAACAGAACGAAGCAAAAAAUUAUAUGAUGUAAUUAAUUAUUGUUUAGAUAUAUUAUUAAUUCCAUCUCAAUUGUCAUCUCGUUCCUUACCAUAUAAUAAUUUCAUUGAAAAUCUUUCGAGUAGAAUUGAAAGAAAUUCUAUAGAAAAUUUUAGUCAAUAUAAAAAUAAAGAUGAUAUUGAUAUGAAUGAUAUGAUUGGAAAAAAUAAAUCUUAUACUGAACGAAAAUUUAAUCGAAAAGAAUCUUCAAGAACUAAAAUCAAUAAUUCAUGGAAAUUUAUUCCAUCAGCAAAUAUGAUUCGUUAUACAAAUGUUUUUUGA